CCAUUGUAUCUAUAGACACACAUAUAUUUUUUAUAAUUAUGCUUCGAUGUGUAUGGCUGUUGUUUAUUUGACAUUGGUUGUCACGCAGCAACAUUGAUGAGUUAUAUCUCCAUCUCUGACCAGCAAUCAACAUUACGGUUUUCUAGAUGGUUAUUACUUUACACAUUUUAGCAGAGAUGUGUUAAAUGUAGCAUCUGGUUAGCUUGCCCAGUAUUUUUGAUAACGAUGAUAUGCACUGUGGCAUAGAAUGACUGUCAAAGUGUCUGCUGAACGUCGUGUCUUUAAGGCACCAAUUCAGCGUGGAGCCUCGUCAUUUGCCGCUGCUAACAGGUUGAUGUGGUUUGGAUUUCACGAUGGUAGUAUUAUACGUUCGUCAGCUCCCUCGAAUCCAUCGGAUGCACCAACUUCAUCACAGACUACAUCUGAUAGCAUCACUUUGCGUUUGAAGCACCCAGGCACUUCUUACGAGGUUCAGAGUUUAUUCGUGGACUCCAAAUCAUUUCACUGUAUCGCAUCUUUAUCUUCAGGGCAGCACUGCUAUUCUAACUUUCAAAGUCAUGACUUGAUAGCUUUAACUACGUUACGUGGCUGUUUCAUUAGGUCUGUUUGUUUUACUGAUGCCACCAGCGAGGAUGUUACGGGUUCCUUUUUGCUUGGAACAGAACGUGGAAGUUUAAUAGAGGGCCGUAUAAACUAUCGCCGGGCAAGUUAUUCAUUCCGUACACUAUAUACGCUACCUGGCGGCGAGCCCGUACUUGACAUUGGAAUAGUUCCCAUUGUUCUUAAAGGUUGCCGUACACAGGUGAUAGUGGCGCUGUCAACAUGCUGUCUCUAUGAGUUCAUUGGAGGAACAUCCAUUGAGGAGACAAUAUCUCGAUAUGCCAACAAUGGUAAAUCUGCAAUGCGCUACGAGGUACCAUUGGCGGGUCCUUCAGGUCAGAUUUUGAUAUCGGAGCGUUCUGAUGGUAGUCAUGACCUUUUCUGGGCCAAUGCAGCAGGAAUAGUGUAUGUCAAUAUUCCAUAUCGGGUAUCAGACGAUUCAACUAGUUGUUUGUCAUUUCCACCAACUGUUAUUCCCUAUCCAUCAAGUCCCUCGAGACCUCUUUCAUCACUUCAGGAUAGCAAGCUACGACAGGUUCGUACCUUCUUGAGGCGUCCUGCUGUUGAGGUACCACGCAGUACUGUUGUGCUUAGUCAUUCACUUUUGCUACUUUUUGACGAGAAGCUUAUUGUAGUAAACACUAUAGUUGGCAAACCUGUUGCUACAUUGCUGUUACCCACUAGUACUUUCGGCAAGGCGCAUCAAUUGGUAUCUGACCGUUUAAGUGGCGAAACAUGGCUUCACACUAGUGAAGGUAUAUUUGCAAUAGUCGUUCGCAAUGAGUCUGACGAUGUAUGGAAACAUUAUCUAUUCAACGGGGAUAUUAAAAAUGCCCUAUCGACUUGCAAGACACCGGCGCAGCGCGAUAGUGUUUUGCUCAAAGGGGCAUACGAUCAAUUUGAGCGUGGUAAUUACAUUGAAGCGGCACGUUUAUAUGGCCAGGUGGAAUCCAAUCAGCCUGAUUUUGAACUGAUAUGCAUGAAGUUUUUGGAGAAAUCACAAGACGCUGCAGUACUUGAGUACGUGAUGCUGAAAAUACAGCAUCGCAACUGGUUUCGUUAUGACCCACGUUUCAUCAUCCUGACCGUUUGGGUGAUUGAGAUGCUCGGGUAUCGUUAUAAAGAUAUGCAUUUGACUAUGGACGUGGCACGUGAUAUCCAGGGCAUUGAUAUGAGCUCGCUAACAACGCUGAGGCAAGAGUAUAGAAAUAAGUUAUUUACGACUAUGGGAUCAUUAGCACACCUCGACGACAUGGCUAAUCCGAUAAGCUAUUUGUUGCAAACUGUAAUGGGUUGCGGUGACGAGUGCGUUGAAUUUGCGCGUUUACGUCGUGACCCUUCUAAUGCUAUCUGCUACCUCAUAAGCAGCGGUAACAUCGAUGGCGCAUUCACAGAGUUGCUACAAAUGCCACCCGGUGAUAAGCGUGAUGCACUAAUACUUAGGUUUGCUCCCCUAUUGUUUUUGGAUGCUCCAGAGCUAUUUGCUCGUGCUUCUUUCAGUGGGUUGGAUCCUACAUUACUGUUACCUGUGGCUCUUCUACCCUUGAUGAUGCACAAUGCCAAAUAUCUUCCUCAUUCGAUCGGUAUUAUGGAGCGUCUGUUGUUCCACGGUGUCACUAAUCACGGUGAGCCUACGCAGUCACUUCUUUGGUGUUGUUAUAUUAUGUUGCUGUCCAAUAUGGAGAGUAGCAAGACGCUAUUAGAUGUGCUUUCCAGAUCCAAUAUUGACUUUUCUCACAGUGAUCUCGCUAUUGCGUUACGUUACCUCAAGACAAAAUCCGCUAAAGACUCACGUUGGGUUGAGCCUUUCAUUGUACUGCAGAGUCUAUGUGGCAUGAAUGAAGACGCUUUAGAAUUAGCUCUAUCGCAAGGCAAUAUCGAACUGGCUGCACAGUGUGCGAUGCGUCCAUCUGACGACUUCACUCGCCGUCGCCUGUGGCGCUAUAUCCUUCGUCAUUCUGCUCUCACGGGCGGCGAAUCUCUGAACUCAAUAUUUGAAGCUGCUAAGGGUCUACUUCAUGUCCACGACCUUUUGCAAUUUUUGCCAGAGGGGACACAACUCGCUGAAAUGAGUGAUGUGAUAGCCAAGUAUGUCGCCGAAUAUGAGGAACAUUUGUCGGCACGUCGCCAAGAGGUUGACCACUUGUGUUCGUUUAUUGCUGAGGCCAAGUCCGAGAUGCAAGCAGCAUCUCGUAGAUCCAUUAGUCUUCCUAUAUCUGCUGAAUGCAUAUCUUGCGGCACUCCCUUACACACGAGCCAAUUCAUUGUGUUUCCAUGUAGUCAUGCAUUUCAUCGAGCUUGCAUUGCAGCUACACUGCGCAAGCUUCUCAAAGGAUAUGAACUAUCGGAGCUACAGCGACUACACAAUGCUUUUGAGAAGCGUUCCGAUGAGCACAGUGUAAAAAAGUACAAUGAGUUUUUGUCCAAGUCAUGUGUCAUUUGUAGCUAUCCAUCUUCCACAGUGGCAUCUAAACCAUUUUUCUCAUCGGUAGAUGAUGACCAAUCGGAAUUAUGGGCGAUCAGUUAGGUACGAUUCAAUUUUCAAAGCACUCC